AUGGCGGAAGAAUCAGCCGCCGCCACCUCCACCUCCACCAACCACGAGGUGGACUUGGGCCACCUCAUGGCGUACGACCCCUCACACCACCUCGCCGCCGUCCCGUCCUCCAGGGCAGAGCUGCGGGAGGAGUGCCUCCGGAAGGCCACGGAGCUGGCGCAGGCCGUGGCCGACGCCCUCUUCGCGCUGCCGGCCACCGAGGGGCGCGACGGGCCCGUCGUCCGCCUCCCCCCGCCCGCCAACCGCCUCCCCCGCGAGAAGCAUUUACCAAGGCCGGCGCCUCCUACAAAAUGGGAGGCUUUUGCAAAACAGAAAGGGAUUGUCAACCGAAAGAAGAACAAGCGUACAUGGGAUGAGCAAACCAAUUCGUGGAAGCGGAAUUAUGGCUAUGAUCGCGUUAAUGACGACAGAGACAUUCCCAUCAUUGAAGCCAAAAUGACAGAUGAACCAGGUGAUGAUCCAUUUGCUAAAAGAAGGGAAGAGAAGAAGGGCAGGGUAGAUAAGCAAGAAAAGAACAGACUUGGGAAUCUAAGGAAUGCUGCAAAAGUUGGUGCUCUGCCAAGUCAUAUACAGCUCGCUGCCACAGCCAUUCCGAUCACAGGAACAAAAGCUGAUCUGCCUAGAAAAUCUAAGAAGGAAGACCUUGAGAAUGUUGCUGGUAUGGCUUCUUCAGCAACGGCUAGUGGUGGAAAGUUUGACAAGAAGUUGCCGGGCGAGAAACCUCUUAAGAAAGCUGGCAAACAUAGAAAGUUUCUCCCCGUGGCGGAAGGAAAAGGAAUGGGCAACCUGGAGAAGCAGCAAAAUGACAAGAUCUUGAACAGCCUACUGGCCAAGAACUUCGAGGAACCGUUGGAUGUCAGCAAGGCAAUCACGAUGUACAAGGUGAAGAAGGACAACAACAGAAGGAAAGAGAAGAAAUCGUCGUCAGGAUCUGAUAAGUUGAAGCCUGGGAAGAAGAUCCACAAGAAAUCUUCAAAGAAGAGUGCUUAGGUCCACAUUAUCCAUCUUUAGUGUAGGAGGCGAUUUUGUAUGGUUGUUGUCCUGUUUAAGUUCAUCGGAGAAAUAUUGUCCUUCCAGGUGCUAGUUGUGACACAAGAACCUGAAUGUUGCUGUGGCAAUGCUGCACGGAUAAUGAUGUGCACGUAUUAUAUAAUCUGUCAGAAUAUGGGAAAUGUUUCUGGAAAGCUUUUUAGCGGUAUGAAACUUAGCAACCUAACAAAAAAAGUC